AGAAAGCCCACAUUGGCGGCUGCGCGGAGUACCGCGCGGAGAGGCGGGAGACUGCAAAUUCCAGAGCCGACGCCGCAGCCACUGUCCGGUUCACUGGUCUCCGUCCCUCCCAGUGCCCUCUGCGAGCGGGGUUUGCUGGGCAGUCGAGCGAGCUCUGAACGGAAAGCAAGAUCCUUGCUGCCUCGGCUUGGGGAGGCGCACGGCGGUCGGAGACUGAGGGGGAGCGACAGUGCUCGAGGGCGGAGGGGCGCGGAGUUUGUGAACGAGAAGGAAGUUCAGCUUCGAGGAGAAGGCUGGCAUUUCGGGACGCCUGGUCGCCACAGCCUAGGCCCUAGCGGCAGGGUGAACAUCACGGUGGCCUUGAGAGCCGGGGAGGGGUGUGCGCGGGGAUGAUGUCGGGCAUCGCUUCCAGUUCCUGAGCGGCGGCCCUGCUUCCCCGACGCCCCUGGUCCUACUCAGCCAGCCGCUCGGGAGAGCGGUGGGCAGCGCACGUGUGCGGACGGUGAGUGUCCCGUGGGGAGUGACCGCGCCGUGACCCGCCCAGGGGCAAGGGCACCGCCUGCAGCGCAGUCUUGACUCGGACACACCUGGCCUGGACCGUGCGCCUCUACAGACUUGCACCGGGGCUCCCGGGUGAUCGCCGAUUCGCCUCCCCUCCAGCCUGGGCUACUUGGGGGUGCCCCGGACGACCAUGAGAGAUAAGGACUGAGAGCCAGGAAGGGGAAGCGAGCCCGCCGAGAGGUGGCGGGGGCUGUUCACGCCAAGGGCCACAGCGGCCGCGCUCCAGCCUCGCUCCGCAGCUUGACGCCUCGCGGGGCCUGCGGGGGCAGCCCGGCUAGGCUGGGAUGCCGGGGCUGGGGCGGAGGGCGCAGUGGCUGUGCUGGUGGUGGGGGCUGCUGUGCAGCUGCUGCGGGCCCCCGACGCUGCGGCCGCCCCUGCCCACAGCCGCGGCCGCCGCCGCUGGGGGACAGCUGCUGGGGGAGGGCGGGAGCCCUAUCCGUGCGGAGCAGCCGCCGCCGCCGCAGUCCUCUUCUUCGGGCUUCCUCUACCGGCGGCUCAAGACACACGAGAAGCGGGAGAUGCAGAAGGAGAUCCUGUCGGUGCUGGGGCUCCAGCACAGGCCCCGGCCCCUGCACGGCCUCCAGCAGCCGCAUCCACCAGCGCUCCCACAGCAGCAGACGCCUCGCGAGGAGCCCCCUCCCGAGCGGCUGAAGUCCGCGCCCCUCUUCAUGCUGGAUCUGUACAACGCCCUGUCCACCGACGACGAGGAGGACGGGGCAUCGGAGGGGGACGGGCGGCAGCCUGAGUUCCACGGAGAGGCCAGCUCGUCCAAGCUCCGGCAGCCGUCUCCCGGCAUCACACACCCCCUAAACCGCAAGAGCCUCCUGGCCCCAGGACCUGGCGCCAGCGGCGGAUCUCCACUGACCAGCGCGCAGGACAGCGCCUUCCUCAAUGACGCGGACAUGGUCAUGAGCUUUGUGAACCUGGUGGAGUACGACAAGGAGUUCUCUCCUCGCCAGCGACACCACAAAGAGUUCAAGUUCAACCUAUCCCAGAUUCCUGAGGGUGAGGCGGUGACGGCUGCAGAAUUCCGCAUCUACAAGGACUGUGUUGUGGGGAGUUUUAAAAACCAAACUUUUCUUAUCAGCAUUUAUCAAGUCUUACAGGAGCAUCAGCACAGAGACUCUGACCUAUUUUUGCUGGACACCCGAGUUGUGUGGGCCUCUGAAGAAGGCUGGCUGGAAUUUGACAUCACAGCCACUAGCAAUCUGUGGGUGGUGACACCACAACACAACAUGGGGCUCCAGCUGAGUGUGGUGACACGGGAUGGGCUCCACAUCAACCCCCGUGCAGCAGGCCUGGUGGGCAGAGAUGGCCCUUACGACAAACAGCCCUUCAUGGUAGCCUUCUUCAAAGUGAGUGAGGUCCAUGUGCGUACUACCAGGUCAGCUUCCAGUCGGCGCCGACAGCAGAGUCGCAACCGCUCCACCCAAUCCCAGGAUGUGUCACGGGUCUCCAGUGCUUCAGAUUACAACAGCAGUGAAUUAAAAACGGCCUGCAGAAAGCAUGAGCUUUACGUGAGUUUCCAAGACCUGGGAUGGCAGGACUGGAUCAUUGCACCGAAGGGCUAUGCUGCCAAUUACUGUGAUGGAGAAUGUUCCUUCCCACUCAAUGCACACAUGAAUGCCACCAACCAUGCGAUUGUUCAGACCUUGGUUCACCUUAUGAAUCCCGAGUAUGUUCCCAAGCCAUGCUGUGCACCAACUAAACUAAAUGCCAUCUCAGUUCUUUACUUUGAUGACAACUCCAAUGUCAUCUUGAAAAAAUACAGGAAUAUGGUUGUAAGAGCUUGUGGGUGCCAUUAAGCUGAAAGCAGUUGCUGGGACACACUUUCCGCCUCAGAUUCCUUGAUUAAAUCUGCCUUAAAAACCAUAAAGCACAGUGCAAAUGGGGUGGUAAGACUGAACUCCUCUCCUGCUGGUGCCUUACUACCCAAGGAAGAUUUUAAAAGGACCUCAUUAAUAAUUUGCUCACUCCAUAAACAGUGAGAGUAGUUGGUUUGUAGGAAGCCGAGUCUGAACGUUUGCAAUGAGGUCUGAGAAAUGCAGAAACAUAACUUUGAGCACCCCCCCCUCCCUGCACAAAAAAAGAGGGCCAUUAAAUUAGUUUUAGCUUUAGAUCAAGCUGUUUGUAGUAUUGGUGAAUAGGGAGGACCUUGAAGGAAUAUAAGCAAUCUUAGCUAAAAUAUCAGCUGGUUCAACAUUAUCUAUCAAGAGCAGAUUCUACAGAUAACAGAAACUGGGUAGAGGGCUCUAUACAUAGAUUUCAUUCCCAGGAAGGCCAAUUUCACCCAGGACCAGCAGCCCAAGAUGGAACCAGGGCUCCAAGAGGUGCUUUUUAUCCCAGUUGUUGCUGUUAUGUGUUUGUGCUGGAGUUUUGUUGGUGUUGAAAACGUACGUUUUUCAGUCAAAACAACCCACACCUCUCUCCUCCCACACUUGCUGUAUUCUUUGCUGGAACCAAAAGUAGACUAACCACACUUUAAGGUGUGACUGCAAGAGGUGCAAAGCAUUUUCAGUAGCCUUCGCUUUAACUGUGUAGCAUCUGAGAACAACUCUGCACCUCUUCAUUGGAUUGGCUCUCUGGAAAGCACGUUAACUUCAGGAACGUUGGCUCUAAUAUCAUUGAUGUGGUUCUCUACCUUUUACCAUGCAGUAGUCUAUCACGUUGGAGGUUAGCGCCCACAAGGAGGAAGGGCGCCUGCCUCCAAGGAUGGCUUUCUGGAGAUGAGCACGCUGUUUAUGAACCAAAAUCACAAUUUCUCUUGUAGAAAGUAAGGCUCAGAUUACAUCUUAGAGUAUUUUUUAAAAUGUCUUUUUCACAAUCAUG